AGAGGAGGCACUACGACACCACGGCUCCGCCCACAACAUACACACACAAUCACACACUCAGGUGGGGAGGUGCUGUUUGAGGUGGAUUGUACUCGUCUGUCAGAGUGUGUGUGUCUGCGUGGUCGACAGUUUGACCGCGUCAUCUUUAACUUCCCUCACUGCGGUCGGAAGAGUGGCGUGAGGAAGAACAGGCUGCUGCUCAAACACUUCUUCCUCAGCUGUGUGGGGGUGCUGAAGGAGGAAGGGGAGGUGCUUGUGUCUCUGUGCAACGGGCAGGGCGGGACUCCAGCUGACCGACCAAUGAGAGAGUGGCACAACAGCUGGCAGGUGGUCGCCAUGGCAGCAGAGGCAGGGCUCAUCCUGAACGAGGUCCGCCCCUUCGACGGCGAGAAACCUGACGGUUACCAAUCCACCGGGUACAGGAGCCAGGAUAAGUGUUUCCAUGCAGAGCAGGGCGUGACUCAUGUCUUCAGUCGUAGCGUGGCCUGCAGCGCCCCCCAGAGGAAGCACAUGGAGCAGCACGUUCUGGGAGGACAAACACUGGCCUACCACAUACCUGCUGAACUAUCACAUUACAUACACAGGUACACACACACACACACACACACACACACACACGAGGGAGAGGAGUGUGUAGGUGAGGGAGAGGAGUGUGAGGGAGAGGAGGGUGUAGGUGAGGAAGAGGAGGGUGUAGGUGAGGAAGAGGAGGGUGUAGGUGUUGCGGGGUACGUGCUGCGUCCUUCUCUACUGCCUCAGACGGCGAUCCUGAGACGGGAGAGAAAACGCAGAGAGAGAGAGGAGGUUCUGCAUGGCGUGAGCGGCCUAGUCUUUCAGAGAGUUCACAUCAGUCCCUGGUCCCCUCCUGCCUUCCACCAGCUCCUCCUCUGGGGAGCAUGGCCCAAAGCCUCUCAGUCAGUCCCUGACCUGGGACGGAGUCUGGAGCGUCUGCUGACCCGCUACGGGCUUUCCCUGGCUGAGGAGCAGGGGUCGCUGUGGCUGGCGGCCGAGCCAAUGGGACGGCUAGGCCGGCUGUGGGCUGAUGACCUCGCCGAUGGCGUCAGUGUGUGUCUGAACCUUGACCUCCUAGCGUCACUGGUCUACUCCCUACCUGACUGGCGCCUGCUCUGGUCACCUGACCCACGCUUCCUCAACCACUUCCUGCUCCGCCCGUUGCUGGAGCAACCGUUCCGUCCCUUCUCCCUGUUUCCACAGAGAUUUGUUUAUGACAUCAGCUUCUGGGCGGGGUCAGACUGGCAGGAGGCAGAGUUUCAUGCUGUCGUCAGAGAGGCCAGUAGAGAGACGGUAGAGAACGUUACGCUCGUAGACACAUACACACAGACCGACACACACCCUGACCUAACACACACCAGCUACUGUUACAGGCUCACCUAUCGCUCACACACACACGCCCUCUCACAUACACACGCACUCAAACUCCACACACACCUGCAACACCUGCUGUCCACACGCAUGCACCUCACCGUCAGGUAGCGUCCGUCAGGUAGCAUCCAUCAGGUAGCGUCCAUCAGGUAGCGUCCGUCAGGUAGCGUCAGGUAGCGUCCGUCAGGUAGCGUCCAUCAGGUAGCGUCCGUCAGGUAGAGUCCGUCAGGUAGAGUCCGUCAGGUAGCGUCCGUCAGGUAGCGUCCGUCAGGUAGCGUCCGUCAGGUAGAGUCCGUCAGGUAGCGUCCAUCAGGUAGCGUCCGUCAGGUAGAGUCCGUCAGGUAGCGUCCGUCAGGUAGCGUCCGUCAGGUAGCGUCCGUCAGGUAGCGUCCGUCAGGUAGCGUCCGUCUGUGUGUGAGAGGUGAGCGCAGUGUUGUAAUAUGCUGUAGCAACACUUUCCAGACAAUGAAGCUGGUGGUUGGUGUCAGGCUGGUGUUGGUGUGGUGUUGGUGUCAGGAUGGUGUUGGUGUCCGGACGGUGUUGGUGUCAGGGCAGUGUUGAUGUCAGGACGGUGUUGGUAUCAGGGCGGUGUUGGUGUCAGGACGGUGUUGGUGUUGGUGUCAGGGCGGUGUUGGUGUCAGGGCGGUGUUGGUGUCAGGACGGUGUUGGUGUCAGGGCGGUGUUGGUGUCAGGACGGUGUUGGUGUCAGGGCGGUGUUGGUGUCAGGACGGUGUUGGUGUCAGGACGGUGUUGGUGUCAGGGAGGUGUUGAUGUCAGGACGGUGUUGGUGUCAGGACGGUGUUGGUGUCAGGGAGGUGUUGGUGUUGAUGUCAGGACGGUGUUGGUGUCAGGGAGGUGUUGGUGUCCGGACGGUGUUGGUGUCAGGGAGGUGUUGGUGUUGAUGUCAGGACGGUGUUGGUGUCAGGGCGGUGUUGGUGUCCGGACGGUGUUGGUGUCAGGGAGGUGUUGGUGUUGAUGUCAGGACGGUGUUGGUGUCAGGGAGGUGUUGGUGUCCGGACGGUGUUGGUGUCAGGACGGUGUUGGUGUCAGGGAGGUGUUGGUGUCCGGACGGUGUUGGUGUCAGGGCGGUGUUGGUGUUGAUGUCAGGACGGUGUUGGUGUCAGGGAGGUGUUGGUGUCCGGACGGUGUUGGUGUCAGGGCGGUGUUGGUGUUGAUGUCAGGACGGUGUUGGUGUCAGGGAGGUGUUGGUGUCCGGACGGUGUUGGUGUCAGGACGGUGUUGGUGUUGAUGUCAGGACGGUGUUGGUGUCAGGGAGGUGUUGGUGUUGAUGUCAGGACGGUGUUGGUGUCAGGGAGGUGUUGGUGUCCGGACGGUGUUGGUGUCAGGGCGGUGUUGGUGUUGAUGUCAGGACGGUGUUGGUGUCAGGGAGGUGUUGGUGUCCGGACGGUGUUGGUGUCAGGCGGUGUUGGUGUCAGGGCGGUGUUGGUGUUGGUGUCAGGACGGUGUUGGUGUCAGGAUGGUGUUGGUGUGGUGUUGGUGUCAGGCCGGUGUUGGUGUCAGGGAGGUGUUGGUGUCCGGACGGUGUUGGUGUCCGGACGUUGUUGGUGUCAGGACGGUGUUGGUGUUGAUGUCAGGACGGUGUUGGUGUCAGGAUGGUGUUGGUGGGGUGUUGGUGUCAGGACGGUGUUGGUGUCCGGACGGUGUUGGUGUCAGGGCGGUGUUGAUGUCAGGACGGUGUUGGUGUCAGGGCGGUGUUGAUGUCAGGACGGUGUUGGUGUCAGGGCGGUGUUGGUGUCAGGACGGUGUUGGUGUUGAUGUCAGGACGGUGUUGGUGUUGAUGUCAGGACGGUGUUGGUGUCCGGACGGUGUUGGUG